CUUCAUGUUUAUCUGAACGGAGUAUUCCCCCGCAAUCCAUAAGAAUCUAUUUUGCCUAGCUCGAUCGAGGGUUUGCUUGGAGGCACAAAGAUCAAAGAGGAGUUGGCUGUCAUUUCUGAAACGUGGAAGAUGAUUUCCCAUGUUCGCUAGACCUUGCAGGGAGGACACUGAUCAGUAUCAAACCCGUAACUAGAUUCCCAUUCACCACCAUGUCUGACGCUGAUCCCAAAAGCCAUUCCUCUGCUCCUACUCCUCCUCCUUCGUCUUCCUCAAGUGGAGUGCCCUCUGAAAUCAGAAGUGGCCAUUCCCACAAUCACAGCUCGAACCAAUUUUCAGGCCACAAGGUUCAUUAUCCGAACCCACCUGACGCAGUGAAUCCGGACGCUGCUACUCUCAGAGAGCAAUGGAGGUAUGCCAUCAAACAAUACAGUAGAUGGUACUCUCAUGCUUGGGGCACUGCGAUUCUAGCUGGGGUUGCCUUCUUUGCCCUUGGUUGGGUCAUCAAAGGCGGGAAUCCCUUGCCCUCUUUCCACACUGAGGAAUCUUCGCCUCCAUCUUCCUCUGAUUCGGAGAAACCUCGCCAGUAAUGAAAAGAUGGUGCCAUCUAACACAAGAACUGCUUCUAGUUAGCAGUGCCCUGAAGCCUUACUUUGAUCACAAUACCAUCUGGAAGUUUUUGUUUGAGUCUCAUCUCAUAAUACUUCUGCUUUCUGGGUUUCUGAAUUUUGUUCUUGUAUUUAUGGAUGUCUAUCAAUGAGGAUGUUUGUUACGUAAUUUUGUAAUAAAACUGUGUAAAAUCUGUACAUAUUCAAAUCCUUGAUAUCACAGUGUA